AUGCCCCGCAGAAAUCUGGUUGCUUGGAAUGCGAUGCUGAGUGGGCUCUCAAUGCAUGGAAUGGCUGCUGAGGUGCUAAAAUUGUUUUCCCGAAUGGUCGCAGAAGAAGCAUUGCAGCCAGAUGAUAUCACCUUUGUUGGCGUUCUGAGUGCAUGCAGCCGGUCUGGUCUUGUAGAACAAGGUGAGAAGUUUUUUCACGAACUCGGCACAGUUUACGGAUUGAAACCCAAGGUCGAGCAUUAUGCUUGCAUGGUGGACCUCCUGGGCAGGGCAGGACGGUUAGAGGAAGCAGAGGCUCUGGUCAGGGAAAUGCCCGUCCUCCCUAAUGAGGUUGUAUUGGGCUCCCUCCUCGCCUCCUGUAGUCUUCAUGGAAAGCUAGAUUUAGGAAGACGCUUGAUGGAGGAGCUGGUGCAGAUGGACCCACAUAACACCGAAUACCACGUGCUGCUGUCAAAUAUGUAUGCAUCUUCAGGAAGGCAUUUCGAGGCCGACGGUCUUAGAGAGGCAAUGAGGAGGAAAGGAAUUAGGAAGGCUCCCGGUAUUAGUUUUAUCGAAGUCAAUGGACAAGUGCACCAAUUUAGUGCUGGGGACAAAUCACACCCACAGGCACGAGAGGUGCAUGCCAUGUUGGAUGAAGUGGUUCAGAGGUUGCGGAUGGCUGGGUAUGUCCCAGAUGUGGCCUCUCAGAUUCCCCGUGCCAUGGAUAAUUACUUAGAAAAUUGGGAGGAGCGAGAACAGGCUCUGUUAGUUCACAGUGAGAAGCUUGCAAUAUGUUUUGGUCUGAUCAGCACAAGGCCUGGUCUGCCUCUGCGCAUCUUUAAGAAUCUUCGUAUCUGCACAGAUUGCCAUGCAGUAAUAAAGCUGAUCUCUGACAUUUUCGGAAGGGAGGUCAUUGUCAGAGACCGAAAUCGCUUCCAUUGCUUUAGGAAAGAGAUGGAGAAGCCUGCGGUUGGGACGAGGAAAUUGUUCCAAGGGCAUCUCAUCAGUGCUAUGGCAAUUGGUUUUGUUGUCCGGGGAAGUAAUGGAUAUGAAGAAGAUCAGGAUUAG